AUGAAAGAUCUCACACAGGGGAGAAGCCGUAUUCCUGUCCUGAGUGCGGGGAAAUGUUUCCGAAAAAUCUUUUACUUAUCAUACAUCAAAGAUCUCACACGGGGGAGAAGCCAUAUUCCUGUCCUGAGUGCGGGAAAUGUUAUUCAGCGAAGUCAUCUCUUUACAAACAUCAGAGAUCUCACACGGGGGAAAAGCCGUAUUCUUGUCCUGAGUGCGGGAAAUGUUUCCAAUCUAAAUCUCAACUUAGUAGGCAUAAAAACAUCUCACACGGGGGAGAAACCAUAUUCCUGUCCUGAGUGUGGGAAAUGUUUUGUAGAAAAAUCAGCACUUAUCAUACAUCAGAGGUCUCACACAGGGGAGAAGCCGUAUUUAUGUCAUGAGUGUGGGAAAUGUUUCCAAUCUAAAGCUGAACUUAGUAGGCAUAAAAGAUCUCACAUGGAGGAGAAGCCGUAUUCCUGUCCUGUGUGCGGGAAAUGUUUCCAAUCUAAAUCUACACUUAGUAGGCAUAAAAGAUCUCACAUGGAGGAGAAGCCGUAUUCCUGUCCUGAGUGCGGGAAAUGUUUCCAAUCUAAAGCUAAACUUAGUAUGCAUAAAAGAUCUCACAUGAGGGAGAAGCUGUAUUCCUGUCCUGAGUGCGGGAAAUGUUUUAUAGUAAAAUCAAUACUUCUCAUACAUCAGAGAUCUCACACGGGGGAGAAGCCAUAUUCCUGUUCUGAGUGCGGGAAAUGUUUUUCCUAUAAGUCCUAUAUCUCCAGACAUCAGAGAUCUCACACGGGAGAGAAGCCGUAUUCCUGUCCUGAGUGCGGGAAAUGUUUUUCACAGUCGUCCGUCCGGUCUUUCCAAACAUCAGAGAUCUCACACGGGGGGGAGAAGCCACUUUCCUGUCCAGAGUGA